GGACCACGGAAACUUUCAGCUGCGUGUGUUUAGGGAGGCUUCUCAGAACGGAAAGCAGUCAUCAUUUUCUAAAGAAUGGUUCCAAAAAAAGCGCAAAGCUUCUCAGGUACAGCUCCCUGAAUGUCUGCACGCUGCCUAGAUGUUGGUGGUCCAGUCUAGCUGAAGAUGCAUGGGGCUGUUGCUCGACUUUGUAUGGUGGUGGUGGCUGCCAUAUUAAACCAGCCCUUGCUUUUUCCUAAAGAGAACACCACACUCCCUGAUGAGGAUGAGGAACUCAUCGCUCGCAUGCGGGAACAUGAAGAGAGACUGAAGAUAGAGCAGGUCAGGCUGGAGAAAGAGCUUUCACAGUUGGAAUACAAGCAAGAAAAAAUAGUCUCAGAGGACUGUUACACUUGGCACUUCUGGAGUGUUGUAAUCUUUCUCGUACUCUUUGCCAUUGAAAUGUGCAGGAUGGACUUUGCUGAUGUAGAAGUCCGGCCAGGUGACGAUGAGGAUGUGUUUUUAGAGAGUGGGCUUGUAAACCCCAGAACAAUGCCACUAGAUAAGGACAGUCUGAACAACUUCUGUAACAAAUGCACGUAUGCUUCAGCUCACGAAAACUGGCGAGUGAAGGAGUUUUCUGAAGGCUUUGGCGAUGACUUGCUGGAAUCACUGAGGCAUAUUUGUGACAAGUACGCAGACCUGGAAGUUGGUGACUUUGUUGGCAUUGGAAGUAUGUUCGAGUCUUGGAAGGUGUGCAAACCACUAACGUGCGAUCUGAUUGUGCCUUUCUCUCUACCGGAGCUGCAUUCUUUCCAGUUCCAUUUGUGGUGUAGUCCAGCCAGCAACAUUCCUCCAGAUAUGCACGGAUGUGGCACAAUCAAAGUGGUCCAGUUUGGGGAUAACGGGGAGGACUGUCUAUGUGGCUCCGCUAACCUCGGAGAGGACAUGCUUUGUCUGUUGCAUAUUAAGAACGAUGAGCUCAGUGGAGUCCACAAGAGUGACGAGCGGCUGUGCACCAUGAACACACCUUAUUUAGCCAAAGAUGAAGUCAUGAAGUGGUUUCAGAUCUCCUUAACCAAAGCUUGGGGGCGUAUCUCCCACAAAUAUGACUUUGAAGUCACUUUUCACAACCUGGAUGCCGCUGGUGCGCUGAAGAUCCGGUUUCGUUCAGGGAAAGUCAUCUUGGUAAACCUAAUCCCAGUCGUCCAGUUGGACGACACAGAUGCUUAUUUUGUGUCACAUUUUCCAUCAGAUUGUGAUCAUCCCCCUGACCCAUACUGGCAUCUUUCUCUUGCAGUUUAUGAGAGGAACCUGUUGAAACAUUUCACUAAACUCCUCCCACAAAAUUCUUGCCAUUUACACUGUCUUCAGAUUGUUACUUUCCUCCACAGAAAGCAAACUGGACUCACGGGAAAAAGCGCACUGACCAGUUACCACUUUAAGACGGCUCUGUUGCACUUGUUGCUCAGUAAAAGUUCCUCUGCAUGGGCCUAUGAGAGGUUGGAGGCCAGGCUUAGGGACGUACUUGGGCUCAUUCAGAAGAGUCUACAGGAGAAGAGACUCUAUCACGUUUUGGUCGGGAAUCGUAAAGUACCAAAAGAGAUCCAGCUUCCGAAGAGAUUCUUCACAGCGGAACACAUAAAUCUGUUCCGCUCUCUGGUGUUGCAGAGGGACCUUUAUACCAACACAGUCAGGCUUUCCAGGAGAUGUUGAGGAACGCAUCUGUACUUAUACAAGAGUACACAUCUGUCUUAUCAAAUGGAAGUGUCCAACACAGACUAGAUGAAAGAAUGUGAGCAUUGGGAACCUCAUGACAGACCACAAAUUUCCAAAAUGUUACAUGGGUUUUUAAAGUCAGUUUCACAAACAAUAAAAUGACAUAAUUUUCAUAAAACUAGCAUUUUCUGGUAUUGGAGAAGACGCAAGUCCCAUAUUGAUGUCCAUUGGGGCCGGUGCUUAACCCCAGAUUCAUUUGUGUGAUGCAAAUGACAGUCCAUAACCUUUCCUGGAUGGGAUGCCAGCCCAUUGUAGGUUACUUGUCUUGCAAAGACUCAUCCACAUUUGCAGCUGGGUGGAUUGAGACAAUGCAGAUGAAGUGUCUUGUCCAAGGACACAGACAGGUAGCACAGGUAGUAGUAUGAUUGGUUUUGACCAAUCAAAACCAGUCCUACUACUUUUCCCCCAUCCGUUGGCCCAAUGUACCUGCUGAGUUUAAUCAGAAUCAGAUUAGGCAUUCUUAACAUAUACUGCUAACAUGCAUACAAAUGUAGCUCAACAUCACUAAUAAAUUAAAUUUUGACAUUACCAAUGACUUCACAUGCUGUAAGAUGCAAAAAUGUAAUUAAUACUAUUUAUAAUUUCAGUACUCCUUAACAUGGAGUUGUAAAAAGGAUUUUAAUUUAAUUUAGACGCCGACAACGUCUGUGUGCACCUGAUCAUCAGAUCACUGAAGUGGAACGGAGCCAUGGAAUCAGUUGUGAUUAGUACUUGGCUGAGAAACGGCCAGCGGCUGUGUGUGUUUCUCCAUCUGGAACCACAGCUGCAUCAGGAAGGGUAUCUGAUGUCAGAUGUGCCAAAUCGUGGUGCGGAGCUGUACAACGGGGUGGAAGAUAAUUAAAUCUGCAUGAUUGAUGAGAACAUUUGAAUUUCAUGUUCAAAUGUUUUACAUUUUACUUACUUAGGGAUAAUUGGUUACUUGAAACAGUUGCAGUUAUUGAAAUGCUGAUAAAUGUUUCUUCAUCUACUACUAUAACCAACAGGUUCUGUCAUCGUGUCCCACAGCAGCCUGUACUCAAGGUGCUUGAAAUGUAACAGUAUCUCCACCUGGUGGACAUUUCCCAUUAAUACAAGGAUAAUAUAAGUUCACAAAGAGUGCCAUUAAUUAAAUAUUUGCUGCACUAGAUGCAGUAGUGGAAAAGUACUUUUAAGUUUUUUUUUAUUGUUAUUGUACUUUUGAAGUUUUUUAACUGCAAAGUUGUAUUCAUUCAGGAUGUCAAUGUAUUUAACAAAUGAUCCUGCAGAACUGUUGUGACAUGCUACACUACUUAUGUAAACAUGUAUUUUGUAAAAAGCCCUUACAUUUGAAAAAUGACAUCAUGUAAGCAAAUUAAAAAUAUUAAGAAAUUUGUGAGCCCAAUUCAGUUGAAAGAUGGAGCACUUUAACAAAAUUUGUAUAUAACGUAUUACUGCCAGUCAUAAAAAAGCAUUUACCAAACAGUGACCUCUUUCCUUGGCCAUGUGUAUUGCUGGAAAUGCAGAUGGCAGCUAUUAUGUUCAUGAGCCUUUUCCAUGUUAACAUGCUGCUUUAUGGAUAUUGUGACUGGUAGCACUCCAGUUUAGACAAAGGCCAAGCCUGCACAACCUUGAGAAAAUAAUUUUGCUUUCUAUACAACAUAACAGCAUCUGUAGCCUUUAUUUUGGUGUUUGUGGGGGGAGAAAGAACAGCUGCACACUUACAUGAAGCAAUGACAACACCUGUUGUUCCAACUAUCUCAAUCCCUUUUUUCUAUUUCCCCAUCAUCCCACAAUAAAAGCAUACAUUUGUAAUGUUCCAUUAACCAUUUCCCCCAUUUGAGCUUCUUUUUUGGUUACAAAGACAAAAUGUUUCCUCGUAAAUUAAGUAAACUUUCAAUUACACUGACUCCAGCACAACAAUAAAUAAUAAUAAUAA